AUGUAUAUAUUUAAUACAAAGACAAGUCGAUGUUCUUUAUGUUAUGCACUUUUAUCUGCACAUACACAUACAAGUAGUUCGACAAUUGGUUAUUCACCAUCCUCAAAUAAACGAUAUACUAGUCGAUGUUCGAUAUCAUCAAUCGAACGGCUAAUUUCAUCGUCAAAUAAAUUCGAACGAUUAUGGCGUCAAAAUGAAAAUACUUUAAUCAGUAAUCGUUCAAUAUGUUUUCGAUGUUGUGAUUCAAUACGACAACUAGAACAAAUUCAAAUUGAUAUUCAACGACUUAAUCAUGAUAAACAAAUACUUAUGAAUAAAAUUGAACAUAAUCUUUCUAAACGUGCACUUAUUUUACAAGGUCAACGACAUCAAACACAUAUUCUUCUAAAUAAUUACCAACAAACUCCUUUAUAUGAAGACGAUGAUACAGAAGAAGGCGAAGAAAAACCUCGAACAGUAAUAAAAACUAAUGGACAUGGACAUCCAUCGUCUUUUAUAAUACCAACAACUACAUUAGUUGGUGCUAAACGACGUAAAUGUAAUAUAGCACAUAAAAUAAAUCUUGAAGAUAAAGCUGUUGAGUUAACAUCUUCAUUAGCCAAUCAUUCAAGACGAUCAAGUUCCCCAAUAUCUCAUCCAGCAACAAAGUUUUCUCCUAGUCUUAUCUUUGGCUCACAUUCACCUAAACAUCAUCAAUCAAGUUUAUUUUCAUCUGGUAUAAAUGGUCAUGAUUUAUCAAAUCUAUCAUUUGGUUCUACAUAUAAAUCUUUAGCUCUAUCAAAUGCCUCAUUAUCAUCAACAACAGCAGCAGCAGCAGCUACAACACCACCAUUUCUUGAUCCAACAACAGGAGCAUUAAUUGCCAUUGUUUCAAAUCCACAUCAUGCUGCAUUACUUGCUCAACAACAUCAACAAAUUUUAAAAUCAUCAUCAUCAAUAUCUCCCUCAUCAACACAUACAACUGAUGAACAUGAAAUAAUACCUGUUAAACCAAAUCCACAUCCAAAAAAAUUUCCAUGUCUUCUAUGUGGACGUGAUUUUUCAAAUAAGUCAAAUUUAAAUCGUCAUCAUAGUAUUGUUCAUAUUGCUAUGAGAAAUUUUGAAUGUGCACGUUGUCCAAAGAAAUUUAAAUUAAGACAAGGUCUUAAAACACAUAUGCAACGAUGUCAUGGUGUCAAUACAGAUGAACCAACAUUUGUUUUACAAAAACAUAAUUUACAUAAUUAUCAUCGUCAUCAUCCCUCUUCUUCAUCGUCAUUUAUUGCUCAAACGAAUAAAUAA